AUGUCAUCUCCAGGCAAUCAAAAUUCAACUGACAGCAAACAUGAAAUAGUUAUUAAAGACAACAUCACUACAUAUAAAAUCCAUGAAACAUGUGUUGAUGAACCACCAACAGAGAAUCAGAAAGAAAAGUUAUUACAAUUUGAAGAGGAGUUUAUAAGUCGAUACACAGAUGACGAUGAAGAUUAUGUUGCUUUAGUAAAACUUGGAUUUACAACUCCACCUGUAGUUCCUUCAUAUAGACCAUUCUGGAAUCGUAGAAGAGAUAAUAAAAGAAAAUGGGAAGACAGGAGUGAUAGACAUUCGCAUUAUUCUCAUCAUAAAAAACCAAAUUAUGGUUAUAAUAAUGAUUAUAGAAGAUAA